AUGAGCGAAGGAAAGAGAAGAAAAAACAAUUUGUCUUCCAAGCUCGAUGAACUUUUAGAGCAAAUGCAGUCACCUGAUUUGAGCAGAAGCAUUUCAAAAUAUGCCGACGUCGAUGCAAGCUCGAACAAAACAUCUGAGGCCAAUGUUCUAGGAAGAUGGAUUUCCUCCGUGGAUGAUUCAGCGAGGGAAUCACAGGCUCAAUCUUCUGCUGGGAGCGGAACAGUUCAGAAUAUUUCUGGAAUUCAGUCUUUUGAUGGAAAUGAGAUGUUGACGAACACCACUUUACAAACAGCUGACGAGAGUGCUUCCAAACCGAAGGAAUUAUCUAAUGAAACACAACCUUCUGGUGCAAACAGAGCACAUAUUGACCAUGAUAUGGAAAUGCAGUCUUGUAGUGUGAACACAGUGGUUAAAAAUGCUACCAUACAAUUUGUAUCAGAUGAAGAAACAACCAUGGUGAUCGAUUCAUCAAAUGAAGCACAGCCUUCUGGUGUAAACACGUUGGAUGAUCAUAGCAAUGAAAUUCAAUGUUCAAAGAUGGUCGAGAAUUCCACUGUAACAGGUGAAAAAACAACCAUGUUAAUUUCUCCAUCAAGGAAAGCAGAGUCUUCUAGUGUGAAGAGAUUGGAUGAUGUUGGCCAUAACAUAAUUCAAUUAUUUUCUGUUGAAGACCAGGAAGUGAACACUGCCACCAUACCAAAUGGAAAAACAACAAGUCUGAGUGAUUCGUUAAUAGAAGCAGAGACAUCUGAUGUAAACAUGGUGGAUGAUAAUAGCAAUGUCGUUCAAUGUUCUAGUGCAGAUAAGAUGACUGAGAGUACCACUGUACUAGAUGGAAAAACAACCAUGUUCAAUGAUUUAUCAACAGAUGCGGAGCCAUCUGGUAUAAACAUAGUGGAUGAUAAUAGCAAUAAAAUUCAAUCUUGUAGUGGAGAUAAGACGAUUAUCACUGUUCCAGAUGAAAUGACUUUUGCGCCAAGGGGUUCAACAAAUGAAAUACAGCCUUCUUUUGUAAGCAGUGUAGAUAACAAUGGCACUGAAACAGAAUCCUCCCAUGUGAAGAAGAUAGUUGAAAAUUCCACUGUAUUAGGAGAAACAGCAAUACCAAAACAGUUUUUAAAUGAAAUACAACCAUCUACAUGUAUUCAUGAAAAUGUAGUGGGUUAUAAUGGCAUUGAAUUACAAUCUUGUAGUUUGAAGGAAGUGGCUGAGAAUGCAACUAUGCAAUGUGAAAGCACAUCUACUCAGAAUUCAUUAAAUCAGAUCCAAGCUUCUGAUGUGAACAGAGUGGGUGAUAUUGGCACUGAAUUGCAAUCUUCUUGUGUGAGCAAUGUGACUGAGAAUGCUUCUGUGUCAGAUAUAAGGGUCUCAAACUCGAAUAUGUCAUCAAAUGAAACACAACCUUUUCAUCUGAACAGUGUCAAAAAUAAUGGCAGUGAGAUACAAGGUCGUAAAUUGGACAUGGAAACUGAGGAAACAGCAACCUUAGAAGAGUCAGCUAUCAAAAAGAAUGAUCUUAUAAAUCAAAGCCAAUCUUGCAGUGUGAACAUUACUUCUGAGAAUACCUCAGUAAUGGCGGAUCUUUCAAGUAAAAGUUGCAAUUUUGAUGAUCCUGAAAAUGAACCUGGAACUAAUAAUUCUGAGGAAGACAAAGUAUUCAGUACACAAGAGAUGCAUACUUCUGCCAUAAACCUGGACAAUACUGAAGACAACCAAACAAGGCAUUCUGGUCUGAUAGACCUGGAAGAGAAAACUGAUGUAUCUGUAAGCACAGAGAAGAGAAUGUUAGAGAAAACAGUGACCACUCUAGAGAGCAUCUCUGACACGCCACUAGCUAAUUGUGAUGAACCAAGUGAUUCCACUGUAACUUCAAACUGCAGUAUGACAGAUGAAGCAGUGUCAACUGUAACUGACGUCAUGCCAUUGUCAGAAGGAGAUGAGUCAUCUGUUUCAUGUGUUACCCUAGGGGAAAUAGAAUCUACCCUCAAUUGCAUCUCUGAUGCUUCUGAAGCAGGCAUUAAAGAUCCAGAAGCUAUCCUCUGUGAUAUGAUAGUUGAAACAACUUGCUCGUGUGUAGUAAUGGAGCGUUCAGAUGAACCUCUUCGUGUGAUUGAUGCCUCAGUCAGGGCUAUGAAUAGUCAAGUCUCAAAAGGCAGGUUUGAAGACUUAUGUUUAACUGAAGAUCUGAGCCAACCAUCGAGAAAGAAAAUAAAACUGAGUAGGUGUGUUAACAUCCCGCUAAAGGAUCUGCUUGAUGGCUUGCAUACUAGAUUGUGUGAAAGUAGUUGCACAUCAAAACACAAUCCAUUUGUACUGGCAGCCGGUGUUGCAGAUGAUUGCAAACUGAGAACCUGUCUGGAGAACCACUUAAAAUUAUCUUUAAAAAAUGGCUGGAAAUCAUCCAUAGGCAUUAAAGACCCCUGCUCACAGCUCCGCCAGCUUGUCAUUCUCACUGCUAUAUUGUUUGGUAAACUUGACUUGUUAGAAUCCAUGUUAAAAGCGCAGCUAAGUCACUCGGAGUACUUUGAUCAUUCUGCCAAAGAAUUGCCCAUCAUACUACUCUUUAAAAACUUGCAUCGUUUCAAGCCUUCUUCUAAUUUUGAUGAGAAGGUUACUGUAUUCAAAAAGGUGUUGAAGCUUUUUGCCAAGUAUGAUGGUGAUGUUCUUCUGUUGCAAGAUGAACUCAGUGAUGACACUGUUCUUCAUGUGUGUGCUAAAAAAAUCAGGGAGCUCACCUGUAAAAUCAAAGCUAAAGAAUCUUUUGCUCCUGAUAGUCCAGAACUUCAACAGUUGCUUGAUCAAAGAGAAUUAUAUGAUCGAUUUUGUGAAGAAUUGAUUCAUGUGCUUCAAAAGCUUGCUGUUGAAGGACCACUGCAUCACAGCCAAGUGCUAAACUUUUUUGAUGUCAGAAACAAAGCUGGAGAGACAAUUUUUGAGAUUCUUCAAGAAGAAAAAUUGAAAAGAAUGGGAUGUAAUGAUGGUGGAAGCAACGCCUCCUCAUCUGCUGCAGAAGGUGAAAACACUGAUAAUGCUGUGGAACAGGUCAGAAAUGAAGAAGAGCAUAUUGCACAGGGUAAAAUGGUGGAAGAGGUAAUUACUGGUGCUCAAACAGGGCCUGUGUUACAGACAAAUGAUUUCCAAGGUGAUUCAAUAGGCCAAAGUGCCAGCAUGUCCGUGCACGUUGUUCAAUCAUCUGUUACCACUGCCUCUUCAACUAACUGUUCUUUCCCUCAAAUCUCCACUGGAUGUGAAGAUGAAUCCAUGCCUUCUACAUUGUCAACCUCCAUGUCAUCAGUUCAAUCUGCCACAGUGCAACAAGUGUCAACACAUCAUUCAACCUUGCAAAUGAGUACAGAAACCUCAGCAGGAUCAAGUGAAACUGACUCAGCAGGUAUCUCUUUUCAGUCCAUAGAGACCUUUAGAUUCCAGGACGAGAGUGACUAUAAGUACGAGAUUUGACUUAAAGUUUUUUUGACAUAUUCUCAAAAAACAAACACCUUGGAAAGCUCUGUUGAACUUUUUUCACCAGAAAAGUUAGCACUGUCAUCUUUAUUGAAGGAGGUUAAGCCCUCUCCCAAUGGCAAAAUGAUAAAAAUUCUAACAAUUGCAAACUUCUCUCUGUCUCUAUGACAUUCUUGCUAAAACUUGUAAUAGAAUGAGAAUGGUUAUCGUGUUUUCCUGCCAAAAUGACACUUGUUUAUGCACAAGCACUACUUGGUAUCAGGAAAAUCUCGUUUUUCAUACUUGUUUUAGAACCUAAGGGUCUCUAAUAUUAGAGAGAUUUAGAGUCAUGUAAUACGGCAAACAGCAAACGUCAGAUUUAGUUGAGAAUUUCUCAAAAUAGAGAAUGAGCUGAUAGAAACAGCUCAAAACAAUAAUAUUUACACCGCUUAUUAACUGAGAGUGAGGUCAAUACAUCAAGGCUGGUAUGAUGCCCGAAAGGGAGAGGUUAAUAAGUUGUUUAUUAUAUGGUCUUUUCAUUAUGGAUCUGAGCAUGCAGUCAAUUAACUGGUCUGCAGAUAAUUUAAAAAACAUGUCACCUGCAAUACAGUCAGGUGACACUAGUCAGCGGAUACCCUUUUUGACAACUGUCAAUUGACCAUAACAUGCAUGGAUGUCCAUAAGGACGUCCACUAUCAAGUUAAACACAGAUUAUAUAUGCCCUGGACACCAAGCUACUAAUGCCCAGUCAUUACAAGAAAACAGCCAAUCAGAGUGCGGAUACUAUAGUAGCCAUACAAUGAUUAUUCAUAAAACUGGUGUGAAACUUCUUAUUUUUGUGUAGAAGUACAUGUAAUGAAGAGUAAGCGACAAGUGAAGGGAAACUUGCGAAAGUGGUACAAAUUCAUGUGAUUGCCAUUUGCCAUAAACUUUACUCUAAAUCUCUCUAUUACUGAAAUUCUUGUAUUGUUUUGUGGUUAUGAAAUGUUUUGAGCAUUGUACAGUAAAAACGUGCAUAUAAGAACCUAGUGAUUUAAGAAUCUACAGGCUGCAAUUUGGCAAAAAUAUAAGAACCUGUUCAGCCUGGCAAAGAAAAAUAGGUUCUUACCCAAAAAGUCACUCCAAUUUUGAUGGUCAAAAUUCCGGAUGUUAACUGUGUUAGAAACCUCUGACAAAAAGUAACCGUUUAUAUAUGUCUCCUUUGAUUUACAUUUGUUUGGAUUUUCACGAGAAAUAGUAGUACAAUAUUUCUGCCAGUGGUUACACUACGACCACCUCUGAAAACUAUGAACCUAUUGAAAACCUAUAAUCAGCCUGAAUUGUGAAAAACUACCCUAAAAUGUGAGAACCCGUUCAGCCUGACCUCAAAAAUUCUAGGUUCUUAUAUGCGGGUUUUUACUGUACCAAUUGAAAGAUAUAAUGAGUUCUAAUUUGAAACUAAAAACCAGUCACUGAUGGGAGGUACUAUACCACUUUAUAUACAAUAAUAUUGCCUUGUUUCUUGGUGUGUCUCUCUUCAAAGAAAGUUUCCUAAUUUCUUCACUAAUUUGUUCCAAAAAAACUUUAAUGUGUGAAAUGUUUCAAUUAUUUGUCAUAUCUCUUGAAUCUUGCCCCUUCAAACAUACACUACGGGGAGUUUAACCCAUUCGCCCGUGGAAAUUUGGCUGGAAAAUGGGUUUUGAAGCAGGGCAAGUGGUUUUCUGGUCACUGGCAUGCUAUUAUGUGCUAAACUUACCGUAAACCAAUUUACGGGUCAUACAAUUCGCAACAUUCUGAUCCAGGUGUAAAAUAUUAGCUGUAUAGAAAGCAAAAUUUCAAGAUAGUCUUUGGGUUUAAAAGUGACCCAGAAGUCUUGACUUUUCCUUUUCGCUUUCUCUCGUCCCCUCUUUUUUCUUGACCCAUUUUUUAUUUCUUUUGCUGGGCACUUAGUAGGCUUUAUUUUGGUGGGUAGUACAGGCGGCUCAGGGGCGAGUGGGUUGAAAUCUGUAUAUUUAUAUGUUGAAGUGUGUAUGUGACGGGUAAAAUUUGAUUUCAGGUUAAAUUUUUUUUAAACUAGGUUGAUUCUCAAUUUCCUUUAUCUUCUAGGGUUAGGAGACAUUUCAUUAACCUGAAAUCAAAUUUGACCUGUAACAUAUAUAUUUUAUAUGUUAAACAUUUUGUGGCAAGGUGUUGAUUUAACUUGUUAUUUUUUUUAAUGUUUCCACCUGUCAUUAUUUUUAGAUGAAGGGCAGUCACUAAGUCAAGAGGAGGAAGAAUUUCAUAUUCAUGUUCCAAAGUUGCCGGUGGGAGGUAUGGCACAUUAUUACGGUGGCCCACAAGUGCAACAGCAAGAGUUGAUUUUAUUUUGCUGUAACAUUUCAUUUUGCUGUGAAUUUAUUUUGCUUGGUCAUCAACACAAAUUUGUUUUAUGGUAAAUUUUACUUUGCUUUUGCACUGGUAGGUCACUGUAUGUUAUAAAUUAAUAUUUCUUGUCCUAUGCUUUUCUUUCUUUAUGGGAGCAGAUUCGUGCAUAUGAUCCAAAAUCUGGGCUUUUCAGUUCUGAUCAAAUGCAGUGAUAUUAUUUGCAUUUCAUUGCUUACCUGUACAAUGGAACUCUAAUACAGUCUUGUAAAAAUGAGGAAGGGGUUGGCAAAUGCAUUCAUUUCAUUUAGGAUACAUUAUACUGGGGUCAAUGUAGCAGCAUCAGUGCCAAAAAAUAUUAUGUUUUAUAUUAAUGCAUUUGUUCCAAAGGGGUUGUGUAUAUUAUGGUUUCGCUAUGUAAGAAAGAAUGAGAUGCAUCUUACAUCAAUUAUAAUGUCCCACCUCCCACCCUUUUGUCUCCUGCCUCCUAAUCCCCUCACACCCCCUAUUAUCCUAGGUUCCCUCCCCCAUGUCCUUCCCCACAAGCAAUAAACUUUUCAUGUCAGUGCAUUGUACUGGGCUCCCUUCAGUUUUUCCUUAGAGCACACUCUAAACCCCUCCUACCCCCUAUUAUUCCAGGUUCCUAGCCUCCUGUCCUCCCCCACAAGCAAUAAACGUUUCAUGUCAGUGCUUUGCACUGGGCUCCCUUCAGUUUUUCCUUAGAGCACUCCCUAAACCCUUUCCACCCCCUAUUAUACCAGUUUCCCUCCCCCAUGUCCUCUCAACGAGCAAUAAACUUUUCAUGCCAGUACAUUGCACUGGGCUCCCUUCAGUUUUUCCUUAGAUUACACGCCAAACCCCUCCUACCCCCUAUUAUUCCAGGUUUCCACCCUCCUGUUCUCCCACAAGCAAUACACGUUUCAUGUCAGUGCAUUGCUCCCACUUCAUCACUUUUUACUCUCUCUUGUAUGCUUCUCUCCCUCCUAAUAUUAAGCCCACAUACCAAUAUUUUUUCAAGCAACAUGAUCACUUACUUUGAGAUGCAAAUCAACAUUGGAAAAGGGGUGAACAUGGCAAGCAUUACCACAAACUUGAUGAUUAUUGUAGCAGUAAAAAAUUAUUUUGGCCGGUAGAAAUACCCUUUUCAUUUAGCAUAAGCCCUCUUGAGGAUAGUUUGGAGAAGAAGACCAAGUUAUUUGUUAAGACACUGUGUUGCUUUGUUACAAAAAAGCAAAAAGAAUUCACAAUGCAAUAGGUUCUCUCUUGUUUCCAGGGAAGUAUCACACUUUUUUGUGCACUCCCAAAUGCAAUGUGCGACAUCAUGAAUUAAUCCAGCUUCUUUGUGCUACACCUGAUCAUGGCAGCCUAAUUACUCCAGCUGUUGAAAAUGAAUCCUGCUCAAACUUCAGAGCCUAUCUCCAAGAAACUGCUUGGGAUCUCAACGCGAUUGUUCCCGAUCAACUGCCAAAACUGUGUUAUUCCGUCAUCCAUCUUGCUUGCUUAUUGGGAAAGUGUAAAGCUUUAGAAGUGCUCUCAGACUUUGGCUUCCGUCCUCUUAUUCGCACAUCCAUUACCGAGGAAACGCCUUUACAUAUGGCAUUGCAUUUGCUUGAACACCAGCCAUUGGGAAGCCUCUUUUUGUGCAAUGCCAUUGUGAACAUCGUAAAGACGCUGAAUAGACACAGCCAUGCCAUAUCAUUAUUCUCAGCAAAGGACUACAGAGGGAAUACUGUCCUUCAUUCAUUGACCAAGAUGCUCUCUCCAACCAAAUCAUGUUCUGAAAUGACAACCAUUGUGUACCUGUUCAGAGUGUUUGUGCACUUCUUGUUAAGGGGGCAACAGUCCUCUCCAACUGUAACCCAACAGAUUCUGUCAAACUCUUUAAAGGAUUACAACAAAGCUGGAGAAAGUGUGGAGGUUCUAUUGCAAAACACAGUAGUUGGUGAACAACUAUGGAAGUAUCUCGCAGGUCUUAUGGAAGGAAGGGAAGCCUCAGUAGGUGCCUCAAAUGGUGAGUGUUUAUGACGCACCUGUUGCCCAGCAGAGUAUUCUUAAUUCCAAGUGACAAGGAUGAUUGAAUGGAUGCAAAUAUCAAACCCACAAAAAUCUCCAGGGCUUUGAACAAAACCCCCAAAAACCCUUGGACUAAAAAUUCCCCCCCCCCCCAGGCAGUCGCCGCCAUUCUGCCUUCUGAUUGGGCAGAAAAACACAAAGUUUUCUGGCACCAAUCAGAAGACAGAACGGCGGCGAUCGUUUGGAACUGGUCUGGUAAGACAUUGUCCCCAGGGGCUCUUCUCGCUGUUCUUUACUUUUCUUUGUGCCAUAUUUUUCCGCCCAUUUAGACUUCCCCUCGCCCCCACUAUCUGCCCCUGGGUCUCCGAGGAUGGGUCAGAAUGUGGUACAAGAAACAAUUUAUCACUGUAUUCUCAACCUUUUCCACGUGCAAAUCUGUGAAGACAAAACAAUUUCUGAACUUUUGACUUACCUAUAUGAAUGUGGGGUUUUUUCCAAAUAUUUUCUUCAUUUUGAACCGUUUCAAAGUGGUGAAAAAUUUUGUUAAAGCUGCUCUUGCAAAGCUGUAGUGACCUCGUGUUUUGCUUGUGGACAUGUAAUUGUGAAAUAUUGUUGAGAAAUAAGUAUGCAUACACCUUUGGUCUUCAUCUUAUUCACCAUCAAAAUAGAGUUUGGGCAAGGAGUAUUAAAGGCUAUAAAUUCACAAAUUUGUCAACGUACCCUAUUUAUACUGUAUAGUAUUAUGAUACAUGUUCAUAUAUUGAAAUUACUGUAGUGUGGGAAGAAAUAUUGUGGUUCACAAAAUUAUGUAUAUGUUGUAGUUAAUUUUUUAUCUCAGGUAAUUUUUGUUUUUCUUUUGUUUCCACUUCAUUAACAUACAUCACCAUACCCAAAACCAAAAGACAAACAAAAAUUACCUGAGGUAAAAAGUUAACUACAACAUGUACAUGUGUGUAUUGUUAUAGCCCUAGAUUGUGACAUGAUUGACUUUUCUGUUUGAUAACCAUUUGUAAAAACUUCUCCAGUUAUCAAACAAAAUGAAACAAAAUGAAACUCAACUUUUUGGGAAUUCCUGUGGAAAAUUACUUGGAGAAACAGAACAUUAUUUGUGUAAGAACGGUCCUUUUUUUGAGAGGACUUGUUUUCAGUGCAAUUUUGCGUCCCCUUUGCGUUUCUCCGCCAAACAGUGCAUCUCUCAUGUGCGUAUCUAUGUCAUGGAAAACCUUGUAUAAGCGAAAGUAGCACCACAGGGUACGUCAGCUGGGUAAUACUUGGAACUGCAUUUUUUUUAAAAUAAUCUUAACGAGGAAACAAACUGACAGAGUAAAGUCGGUAAAAUUAGUUUUCAAGUUAACUGUAUCAUUGCAGCCCUAUCAUCAUCUUACUCUGUGCAUUGUUUAUCAUCAGAUGACUGUGAUCAGCCCAUGCCUGCCGAUGCUGAUGAACCUGAAAGCCUUAUUGACUUCAUCAUUUCACAGGGUGACAAUAUGGCUAAAUGCUUUGAACACAAAAAGUGUGUGGAAGGUUACCACAGAGAAUAUCAAAUGAAGCUACAAUCUCUUCAAGGCAAGGUUUUGAGCUUGAGAAAGGAACUGAAAGAAGCCAAAAAGGAGGAGGCAAAAAUCGCCAACAAUGUUCGUAAAAAUGAGUCCAUAAUUAAGUCAUCAAUUGACUGGAGCAAGGCGAGAAUGCAGUCAGUUAUAGAAAAGAGGAACUGGCAGAGGCAGCAGGUUUCCUUUUAUGAUCGCAGGUUGGAGUUACUUGAAAAACUAAAACAGGAUAUUGAGCAGUGGGAAUUAUCGCAAUGAAAAGUAACGAAGUUGAAGCUCAUUAUAUUUUACAAAAUGUAGCCUGAGGCUAAUGUUGUGUUCAGUUGAGGCUCAUAUUAUUUUACAAAAUAUAGCCGGAGAAUAGUGUUGUGUUCAGUUGAAGCUCAUAUUAUCUUACAAAAUAUAGCCUGAGGCUAGUGUUGUGUUCAUUAGUGACAGCAACACAAUACAGUUGAAACUCCACUAAUUAUAACGCCACCCACUCUACAGUGGCCACUUUUGUUGGCAGACAGUCCAUACAACAGCCACCUCUCUACAGCGGCCUCUUUUCUUAGCGGACAGUCCAUACAUUGACUAUUGUUUAAACUUGUCUACAACGGCCUCUUUCUUCUGUCCCCAAGGUGGUAGACUUCCAGCAGUUUCUCUUUUUCUUCCAAUUUAGCAAGGGGAGUGCAAGCACGCGCGAGCGUCACGACGCGAGAAACGAGGGUUGCAGCUCGCCUCUCCUGUAUAGCGCUUUCCAUCAUGAGCGUGGUCAUUUCCGUGUCUCCCGCGUUUCGCACGACAGACUAAGAAAAAAGAGAGACUGUUCGUAGUCUAAUCAACGAAACGGGAGUAAUUAGUGACCCCACAUGAAAAUGAAAAAAAUGUAGUCUUUUUCUGAUAUCGCCAUGUUUGUUCCUCUGACAAGGGAAGCAUUGAAGUCCCCUAAAAUAGUUUGUUGACAUUACUGUAGUAUAAUAAAGAACAGGUCUAU